CUUUGUUAACCGGGGAGGGCGCGGCGGUGGGGAUCUUUGCUGCGGGCUUCCCUGAGCGCCGCUGGGUUACCAGAUUGGGGUCGAGAUGUCGUACGUCCCGGGCCAGCCGGUCACGGCCGUGGUGCAAAGAGUUGAAAUUCACAAGCUGCGUCAAGGUGAGAACUUAAUCCUGGGCUUCAGCAUUGGAGGUGGAAUUGACCAGGAUCCCUCCCAGAAUCCUUUCUCGGAAGAUAAGACGGACAAGGGCAUUUAUGUCACACGGGUAUCCGAAGGAGGCCCUGCGGAAAUUGCUGGGCUGCAGAUUGGGGACAAGAUCAUGCAGGUGAAUGGCUGGGACAUGACUAUGGUCACGCACGACCAGGCCCGGAAGCGGCUCACGAAGCGCUCGGAGGAGGUGGUGCGCCUGCUGGUGACGCGGCAGUCGCUGCAGAAGGCAGUGCAGCAGUCCAUGCUGUCCUAGCAGCCGCCAGGGUCCCCGACUCGCGAAUGCCCACACCGUGUACAGUGACACCAGUGCCAUGCUCUGUCUGUCCCUCGUCCUGGCUUCUGCUCAUUGUUGGGCCCCCGCUCAGAAGGGCAACAGCUGGUCCCAGAGGCCUGACCCGGCCUGCCUUCCCCCCUCCCACCACUGGCCCGAGGCUCUGGGACCAGCUCUCUCCCUUGGACACUGAGGAUGGGAAACAAGGGCCUGGGGCCGCGUUGGAGUCAGUCUGCGGUGACCACAGGUUUGGCCCUCAGACCCUGCUGCCUGGCCACAGCAGUGCCCAGGGCGAGCAGGGGGCCCCCUUCCUGAGAGCACCAUGUAGCUGGGAAACACACGGCUUGGAGCCUGUGCCCCCUGCUUCUCCCCGUGUUCCCCAGUGGGGACUCGACUCGCUGCCAGAGACACUACGGAGGUUUGCCCGGAUGGAAGCCAGGCAGGCUCGCAGCUCACCCUGCUGCACCGCCACCCCCUGAGGGGUGCUGGCCUCCCUAGGGUUCACCUGCUUAUAGGACUUAGACGAGGUUCAAGGCUGACAUUUCAGGGCAGUUUUCAGGAUUGCCAUUUUCCUCUAUGCCUGUGGGUUUAACUUUUAUAGUUUUUUAAUCACAACUUUGAUACAAAGCAUUUUUAAUCUUACUCUUUGGAGAUGCCAGUUCAACUUUGGAAUUUAGCUUACUAAUUCCACCUGGGAACGACUCUCAGCAAGGGAACCAGCCUUACUUUGGUGACUGUGGAAAUGGGGCAGUAGGAAGCUGCCCCACACCUUGUGCCCAAUAAACAGCGCUGGAAUUCA